CUAUAAAUUAAAUUCAUGCGCAUAGAAAUUCGUUUGAUUUGAAUGAAAAAUUGAUGACCUUAUUCAUUAAGUUGGAUUAUUCGUGAAUACUUUAGUACUAUAUAAAGGAGUUUUAAUCCAUGUUUUUAACAUAUUACAGCACAAAGUGUAGGGCUAAACGCAGGCGUUAGUUGCACCUAGCUGAAGAUCCUCAUGGCACAAGAAAGCUCUUCCGAGGAAGUAGCCAGUUCACGCAUCACUGUAGCACAAGCUGAGAAUGCAGUUGAAGAAGUCUCUUUGAAUGAUUAUCCGUAUCUGUUGGCCGCCCGCGAAAUUAGCUUAUUCUUAGUUAAUGAGUCCAUUAGAAAGGCCUUAAUUAGUUUGGGACCAGAGAAGUUGAAGGCCAUGAAUGAGAAGUGGAUGCUGCUGAAAGGGGAAGAGGUAGAGCUGAACAUAAGGAAAGCUCAGCUGGAUGGAAAGAAGAAGGAGGAAUUGCGUUUGAUCAAACAGGAAGAGGAAAACUCUAUUUGAAAAGAAUACAAUUGUCUGAGAAACAUCUGGAUAUUGUUCAGAAGGAAUUCAUGAAAAGUUUAGAGUAACGUCUAGUUGGAUUCAUUCAAUUUGGAAAGUUGUUCAUCAUCUUUCAUUGUUAAAGAGUGGUUUUGGUUUUCCAAGGGUUGUCCUUUUUGUAGGAUGUGUAGUACGCGCUUGGUGUGUGUGACGCCAGUUUAAGCAUUGUAUUUUCUGUAAUGAAAAAUCGGAUGCCUAAAUAUGGUAUAAUUUUUUUUUUUUG